AUGGAUAGGACUAAUUGUUUUAUUAUUCUCCAAGCUGGGUUGGCCAACAGUAAGCCGAUUCAAUGGCCAUCAGUCAAAGGGAACAUGCGCGCUUCGUGGGGCACGGUGUUGACCAUCACGGCUUGGAUGGUACUGUUUAGGAUUAGCGAGGUAAAGAGCAAGGAGAGCUGCUAUUACUUGAGGUUUACCUAUGCUAAUUGGACGGAUGACAGACCUCGGUUCGUGGUGAACAUGACUUUCUCGAACCAGACUGGCAUCGGCUCUGUCACCACCAUCAACGAGGAGAUUGCCUCGCCCGUCUCCAGCAUCCUGAUCAUCCAGCACUCCGUCCGGGAGAAACCUCGCACUAUCUACAACGCCUCUACCAAGCUAUGCGAUCUCCAGAACGUUAUCAAUUCGGUGCCGCUCUUCAAGCCGGUCAAGGACAACAUGCUCAAGCAAAGCAACUACUCGCUCAGCUGUCCGCUGGUCAAGGGCACCUACGCAAUGAACAACAUGCGGGUCAGCCCGAGGAACCCUCUUCUGAGCCUUCUGUACCAGCCCAAGCGCUCUUUCUCCGUCAAGGGCGGAUUGUACGAGGAGCUGCCGCGAGGUGGGCGGCUUAGGCCGUUGUCCACCUAUUUCCUGACAGGAAAGGUUGUGAAAAAGUCCUGUGGAUCCAACGAAUAAAGGAUGGUAUAAAUAAAAAGGCAGAUCUAAAACUGUAUUUCCGGAGCACAAAGAAUAUCUUUCUGGCAGCCUAUUAGUAUACCACAAAAUGUUGAUUUCGUCGUAAGUAUACUUUACUUUUUAAAUGCUGACGCAUAAACAUUCCGUCUUAUAUGAAAUAAUAAGUUUAAGAAAUAAAUAAACGUAAGGUAAUAAAUACAAACGAUAAAGGUAAUAAUAAACAAUGAUUAUUGCUAAUAUUGGUAAUACAGUCUCUAUCCUGCCUUUAGGUAAAUCAUUGUUUUGUCUCAUUUUAUAAAUGUAUUUAAAUAAAGCAAUGACUUAAAAGC